AGAAGCAACACGGGCCGCUCGCUGGGCUUCGGAAGACCUCCGCAUUCGCUGUGAUCACGUAGCGCACAUUCGACACAGCUCCGGCCGCGAAGACGCGCUCUAUUGCCCGCUCAACAAAGGAAAGAGGACCGUUCUGCUUUCAGCCUGGGAAGGUUGGUGAUGGUCAGUAGUAGUUAAAUUCCGCAGCCAAGGAUGUCUGCUACAGAUUCGGACAACUCCAUUGACUGGCUGGCAAGUGACACCGAGGACACCAACAGUGAACAGGAGUUUGAGGGGAAGCGCAGCCAGACAGAUGCUUCUUCAACGGACAGCUGCUGGAGCCGUGAGACGUCCACUAGGGGUCCUCCUUCCAGCUGCAUGGAGACAUGGGGCAGGGAUGCCAUUGAACUGUGUAAAACGCAACAAAGCGAGAAGAUGAAGAGACGACGCAGCUUCGCGGAGGAAGAGGAAGGACGGAUCAUUUCCAGUCAGUCAGAGAAGGGACGGCUUUUUACCCGAAAGUGCAUGGAGCUGCAAUGCUACAUCCAUCCACUGUCCUCAAUCUUGAAUGGUCUUCGUUCAGGGAGAUACCGAGAACGACUUAGCAGUUUCCAAGAAAGUGUUGCUAUGGAUAGAAUCCAAAGGAUCCUGGGUGUUCUGCAGAAUCCCUGCUUAGGGGAGAAAUACAUAAGUAUCAUUCUUAAAAUGGAGGAAAUGCUGAAGAGUUGGUUCCCUAACGUCAAAACCCAACGCCAACCGACCGUCGCCCACACAGAGGAAGUCGUUCCUACAAAGAAACUAAAGCUUUCACAAGUGACAGCGAGCGCAGCAGUUACCAUCAGCGAUACUCCGCUGGGCGCCAAACAGCUGCGAGUCACCGACCUCACACCUCCUGCAGCUUAUUCCGCAAGCAACCUUAAAUGGCUCCACACGUUCCCCAUCUGCUCCCCCAGCGCGGAGCAGGCUCAGGCGGGCCCUCGGCAUGUAGCGCACCCUAGAGACAUAACGCAGGACAGCGCCGUAUCUUCCAGCACGGACGUCCCCGCUAACACAAACUCUGUGCCGAGAGGGCCCCCGCCGGAAAAAAUCAAGGCGCCUUGUCUAGAGCGCCUCCUGAAGUCGACAGAUAGCAUCAUCAGCCGCAAGGGGACGUCGGGUUUGAUGGACAGCAGCUGGUCCUAGUCCACAUGGGGGGGGCUGCUUCACAUGCAGCUGAGCCUUGACUACUCUACCAGGGGGGCCAGUUCGCUCGCUUUGCCCAUUCCAGCCUUCAGGGGAGGCCUGAGCCUUUAAAAAAGGGACUUGACAGGUUUACUGUUUAGUGGAAAAUGUGUUCCCUCACUGACAUGACAAGUGUCUGCUAUAUUUUCUCCUUUUGUUUUGUCAUUUGCACUCUUGGGUAGCAUUUAUGAAGGUGGGAAGGAGAGCAAUUUCAUCCUCACCGAGGCAGCGUUCCCUCUGUAGAUCCGACGGUUCUGUUUGAGCGUUUUG